CAGCAUCCACUGCAGCUUUAGUAACUCAUAAACACUACAGACAGAGAAGCGACGGGACAGAACAGACCCCACUCAUUUCACCUGUGAUACUGCUGCACAAAACAGUUACGCUGGAAUUUUCGGAGACCGACUCGGACAUGUCCUAUGUCUUCAUCAAUGACUCGUCGCAGACCAGUGUCCCGCUCCUGCAGGCUUGUAUUGAUGGGGACCUGAGUUUCGCCAGGCGUCUGCUGGAGACCGGCUGUGACCCCAACAUCCGGGACCACCGAGGCCGCACGGGUCUUCAUCUGGCAGCGGCGCGGGGUAAUGUGGACAUCUGCCGAUUCCUGCACAAGUUUGGGGCAGACCUACUGGCCACUGACUAUCAGGGCAACACGGCGCUGCACCUGUGCGGGCACGUGGACACCAUUCAGUUCCUCGUCUCCAAUGGCCUCAAAAUAGAUAUUUGUAACCACAACGGCUCGACCCCACUCGUGCUGGCCAAGAGGAGAGGGGUAAAUAAAGAUGCCAUCCGGCUGCUGGAAGGUCUAGAAGAGCAAGAGGUCAAAGGCUUCAACAGAGGAGCUCACUCCAAACUAGAAGCCAUGCAGAUGGCUGAGAGCGAGAGUGCAAUGGAGAGCCAUUCGCUGCUGAACCCAAACCUGCAGAACAGUGAGGGUGUGCUGUCCAGCUUCCGCUCCACCUGGCAAGAGUUCGUUGAGGAUUUGGGCUUCUGGAGGGUCCUGCUGUUGCUGGUGGUCAUCGCCCUGCUAUCUCUGGGCAUUGCUUACUAUGUUAGCGGCGUUCUGCCCUUUUCUGCCAGUCAGCUGGAGUUGGUCCACUGAGAGACAGGUGGUGUUGUUUUAUCUCGGGACUGGAGUCAAACUUUGAACUAAAAAGGAGUUUUGAGGGGACACUGAAGGUUCCUUAUAGUACAAGAUUAGCUCUGAUGUGAAGUUUAGAAAUGAUCUUGUCAUUCUCACAGGUGAGGUCGAGUGGAGACAUGAUGAUGAUGAUGAUGAUGAUGAUGGCUGCAGUAUAAAGGAACACUGAAAGGUAAAGGUUCAGGUAUUAUGGGGGAAAUGGUAAAGAUUUCUUAAAUACACUCUAAGUGAUGUAAACCCAUUUCUCACAGAUCCUCCCACAACAGUAGACACAUGCACUUGCGUUGAUGUAUACAACAUUAGAUGAUUGUUGUAGGCUAGAUCAGACAUGAAGUAUUAAUAUUUGAUUAUUUCCCUUGGCCAUCACCUUUGUUUUUGUCUGUAUAUGAAGUCACUGUUGUGAAAGUAUGAACAGACACUAUAUAUGCUUAUUUAUUUAUCGCUAUUCAUUUGUCAUUACAUAGAAUAUUGUAAGUAAAACAAGUAAUGAUAUGUAAAAUGGUACAUAAAUCGCUAAAUGGCCAACAAGAUCCUGUUUGUGUUUAAAUGGUCUUUUACGUUUAAAAAAAAGUCUUCAUACAAAUAAACAGAAAUGUUUUUUCUUCAUAAAA